AUGUGUAAUGCAAUUGGUAAGGUUGUGUUGCUCUUUCGUCAAUGGUCAUCGGUUUAGAUCGUGAGAAUAAGGGGAAGGCCGCGUACCCUUGCCCGUCUUUCACAAAAGUUACUCUAUAAAGUUAAAAUUUUGAGUUAGAUCGCUCUGCAAAAUCCUCCAUUAGGUUAGCUGGUGGUUCAGGGUAAUUUGGAGAGGGACGCAUAGAGUCCAGUUGUACUGAAGACAGGUGAAGCAAUUGAAUCCACUUGCUCUUGUAAUUGAGAGAUUAUGUCAAUCUCUUCUACACCUGUCUACCCAAUGUCAAACGUAAAUAAUCAAAGACCUAGAUUUUAACGUCCCAAUUAUAAUUUCUAAUCUAUCUCUAUUUCUCAGAACCAAUGGCUCAAGGAAUUCACCUUAUACAAAACUAAAGAGCUGACCCACACAUACACUUGUAAAUAAAAAUCUGCAAUUAUAAUUUUUUCGCUCGAUUCAAAUCACGAGCACGCAACCCAUCGAUCUGUGAUUUUUAGCAGAGGCUCUGCGUUUGGUUUUGCUGCUCAUUGUAGCACCUGGGUGUGGUAUUCAGGGGCAAGGAAGAUGAUACGGCGUCGUUUGUUUCAUAAUUAAAUUCGGCCAUUCAUUUCCUUAAUGAAAAUAACUAGAAUACCCCUCAACUCUAUUCGUGUUCGACCGAGAGGAACGAUCGUCUCUCCAUCUUUGGUACAUUGACGACAAGACUGAAGAAGCGCCGAGGCCGAGCAGUUGGAGAGGAUGACAAUGGGAACAUCAACGCAGGCAUACGGUGAGCCAUGGUACUGGGACAACAGAUAUGCGAAUGAAUCAGGGCCCUUCGAUUGGUACCAGAAGUAUGAUUCCUUGGCUCCGCUCAUCAAUCUCUACGCCCCUCGCUACCAUCGCCCUCGAAUCCUCGUCGUUGGAUGUGGCAACUCAGCAUUUAGCGAAGGGAUGGUGGAUGAUGGAUAUGAGGAUGUGGUAAACGUUGAUAUAUCCUCUGUAGUUAUUGAAGCUAUGCAGAAGAAGUAUUUUAAUCGUCCUCCACUGAAAUAUAUUCAAAUGGAUGUCCGAGAUAUGAGUACUUUUCAAACAGGUUCCUUUGAUGCUGUUAUUGAUAAAGGAACUCUAGACUCUAUCUUGCAAAUUUUUCUCUCUAGUGUGGAAAUAAUUCAAGACAAAAUGCUGCCAAGAUGCUUGAAGAAGUUUGGAGUUGAUGACAACUAUAGGGUGCUCAGGGAUAAAGGAGUAUAUAUCCUGGUUACAUAUGGAGCUCCAGUGUAUCGUUUACGCUUUUUGAGAGAAUCUUACUUGUGGAGGAUAAAACUCCAUGUGAUAGAAAAGCUUUUCUCUGGAGGAGUCUCUGAACAUCCAAUUUGGGAGUUGACAAAUCCUGUUCCACUUGGUGAUGAUGGAAACUCGGUGGAAGUCACACUUGGAAAGAAGCCUGAUGUCCAUUACAUUUACGUUUGCACUAAGGAUGAAUCUUUGAAGCCAGACCAAAAGCACAAUGUGACAGUUGAUUGAGAAAUAUUAGGAUGGUCAACCUUUCUAAAUAAGGUGUGUGCCGGUGCAUGAAGCUUCUGGCAUUAGUUUGUUUCAUGGUUUAAAUCUGACUACCAAGUCACAGUGAAAUAAACUUACUGUUGUACCAAGACACCCUCAGCCAACCUUUUGCGAUGCAACUAUUUCUUUUAUGUGAAUAAUCGGACAUCCUUUAUUGAAAUAAUAAGUGCUGGUUCACUAGACGUUAUAUGUAUUAUGAUUAGCUAUGACUUCAUUUUAGUCCUGAACCGACACCUUGAUGGGACUGUAUGCCAAAGCAAUCUUUUGCUACUCUACUUUUUCCACUGGAUUGGGUUGUAUUUAUGAUUGUGAAAAUUUGCAUGCGGUGAUCAGAACAGGUAAGUUAGAUUAUUUACUUUUGAUUGAUGAA